AUGCAAUUAACAGCUGUAUUAUCUGUAUUUCUGUUCAUGGUUAACGCCAUCACAAUGGUCUCUGCUGACGAAUGUGCUGCUUACACUCCAACUACUUAUUCUGACUCAAGUUUUUUGAUGGCUAUUCAUAAAGCUGCAUUAAAUUCAGCCUUAACUGGUGUUUCUGGUACAUUACAUAACUAUGCUGCCAAGAUUCUUUCUCCUGAUAGUGCUACUACUGCUUUAACUACUUAUGACAUCAGUUUGAACAUCAGUAUUGCCGACUCUACAUCUGUCAGUGCUCCUUUGUACCCUGAAUUAGCCGAUGAGACUACCGUCUCUAAUUUUGUUAGUAUUUACAAGGCAUUUUUAGUACCACCAACCACUGGUGAUUAUAUCUUUUCCAUUGAUGAAGUCAGUGAUGCUGCUUCCAUUUAUAUCUUUGAUGAUCGUGCCAUGUACUGUUGUAAUGACAUGAAUUUAGCAGAUUGGUUUAGUGAAACUUCAAACUUCUGUUACGUUCCAGAAGAUUCUGAUUACCAAACCAAUUCUAUGACUGUUCAUUUGGAAGGUGGUCUUGGUUACGUAAUUGUUUUUGCUUACACUAAUCAUGGUGGUGAUGCUAUUUUCAAACCUUCUAUGACUCUACCAUCUGGUGAAGUUAUUACCAACUUUGAAGGUUAUAUUCACGGUAGUGUCGAAGAUGCUGAAUGUGGAGUUAGAAGCGCCGAAACUACUUCAUACACUCAAGGUUCUGCACAAUAUAACACCACUUACUCAACCGCUGUUGUUACCUAUGAAACCAUAAAUGAUUAUGCUAGAGAAACUUACACUGAUGUUGAGACAAUUGUUUAUAUCAUGACUCCAGCUGCUUAUUCAAGUUCUGUUGUUUCUAGUUCCACCUCCGAAGUCGUCACUUCUUCAACUGCUGAAUCUUCUUCCAUUACUUCUUCUGCUGCUGUUACUUCCGCCACUGCUACUUCUGCCGCUGCUUCUUCUGCCGUUGAAACUUCUGCCGUUCAAUCUUCUGCCGUUUCUUCAGCUGAAGAAUCUUCUGCACAAAGUUCUGAGUCAGCUGCUGUAACCCAAUCCUCUGCAACUACAUCUGGAAACUUGGACGCUAACUCUGCUGUUAGAAAGACAACAUCUUCUGUCAUUUCAAGCUCCGAAACUGAAGUUAGUUCAAGUUACUCAUCAAACACAUUAGUCUCUUCUUCUAUUGAUACCAAGAGCUCUUCUAACUCUUCCUCUGCUGCUGUUUCUACCCAAGGUACCAACAGUAACUCUAAGACUGCUAGUGUUUCAUCAACUUCCGCACACUCUACUGCCGUUGCAGGUGAAGAUAGUGAACAAAGAGACUCCUCCAACGAUGAUUCGAUGUCAACUUCCACAUACACUGAUGUUUACGGUAUCACUAGAACAACCACUGUUAAAUGUGCUACCGAAUCUAAUGGUUCUAACUCUAAAGCAGCAAACCAACCUGAAACUAAAUCUCAAGGUAUCACUCAAACUAUUGUCACUGUUACCACCUGUACUGCUAAAAAUGGUGACGUAUCUGUCUCCACUAUUACAGUUACUGAAGUAGUCGCUGCUACUAAAGCCACUAAGGAAACUGGUGCUAAUGCUGGUGUGCAAAAUAACAACCAAGCUGCUUCUACUACUUCCAGAAACAACUUUGUAUCUUCAGUUACUGUCCAAAUGCAAUCUAGUGCUGCUACUUCCUCUGCAUCUGUUAGUGUCCAAGAUGCUCCAAACGCCGCUGGUAAGAUUGCUACCGGAUUCUUCUUCUCAUUCAUCCCAUUAUUGUUUAUUUAA